AUGUCUACGGCGACGUUACCGAGGGCGCUCGCCCGCGCGCUCGCCACCCGGCCAGCCGCCGGAUGCCACGUCCGAGCUGCGCCGAGAUGGGCUCGGCAACUCAGCACCACGACCAGAGGACUGCCCGCCGUCCUGAGCGCGAGCGGCGCGCGACCGACGACGGCGCCCCCGAGCCACCGACAGCGAAACCUCGCGCCGAGCCUCGCCAGCCGCGGCGGCGCCCGCACCAUCUUCAUCCAGACCGAGAACACGCCCAACGCGGACGCCCUCAAGUUCCUCCCGAAUCACCGCGUCGUCCCCGCCGCGCUCAACACGCCGUUCAUCGAGUACCUCAACCCGCGAGCGACCAUCUCGCCGCCGCACCCGUCCCCGCUGGCUGCCAAGCUCAUGAACAUUGACGGCGUCACGUCCGUCUUCUACGGCGCCGACUUCAUCACCGUCACCAAGGCUAGCGAUGCAAACUGGGCGCAUAUCCGGCCCGAGAUCUUCGCCCUCAUCACGGAGGCCAUCACCUCGGGCGAGACCAUCGUCAACGUCGUCGAGCGACGGGAAGGCGACCAGGCCGCCGAGGAGGAUAGCUUGGCCUACAACGAGGACGACGACGAGGUCGUUGGCAUGAUCAAGGAACUUCUCGAGACGCGCAUCCGGCCUGCCAUUCAGGAAGACGGAGGCGACAUAGAGUUCCGGGGAUUUGAAGAUGGCUACGUCAAGCUGAAGCUGCGCGGAGCCUGCCGGACAUGCGACUCGAGCACUGUGACGCUGAAGAACGGCAUAGAGGGCAUGCUGAUGCACUAUAUCGAAGAAGUCAAGGGAGUGCAUCAAAUCCUCGAUCAGGAGGAGGAGAUCGCCAUGCAAGAGUUCGCCAAGUUCGAGGAGAAGCUGAAGCAGCAGAAGUCCGCACAGCCGUCAUCUGCGUAG